AAUGAUCGAAAAUUAUUUUACAUUUACGUCACAAGUCAUCAGAUAAGACUUGCUUUUACCGAUCACUUAUAUACUUAUAAGUUUUAACCAGUUUCGACUUGGUAGUCUUGGCGUGUGGAGCGGGGUUUACGUUGUAUUAACUACUUGUACUAGUAACGUCACUUUCAUAACUUUACGAUUACGCAGUUAUUGCGAAGUACGUAAGAACUAAUUAUUGAUAUAAGUUGUGCCUUCGUCAAUUCGCUAAAAUGACUACGACAAAAGUGAAUACAGAUUUGCAAAGAGAAAGAGAUAAUUGCACGUUCAACAUAACGGAAUUAACAAACAUUUUAGAUGGAGGUGCUCAAAAGACUGCCGAGAGAAAAUUGCGAGAGGACACAGUACUUAAACAGUUGUACAACACAACUGAUGUACCAGCCAUAUACUUGAGUCACAAAGAGAAAUAUGAAGCAGCUGUCAAGAAAGCAUGUGCCAUGUUUCAAAUGAUCAGAAAGUUACAGGAAGAGGAAAAUGCAGGAAUGGAAAAUUAUCAGGCUCUUCUGGGUGGGUCUCUAGGUUCAGCUAUACUGGGCGAUGGCAACCCUAUCACAUUGCAUUAUGUCAUGUUUAUACCCACUGUUAUGGGUCAAGGAACUGUGGAGCAGCAAGCAUAUUGGAUUGGUAGGGCCUUCAAUCUCAGCAUUAUUGGAACCUAUGCCCAGACCGAGUUGGGCCACGGUACAUUCAUCCGCGGAUUGGAAACGACAGCCACGUACGAUCCAUCCACCAAAGAGUUUGUUCUCAACUCACCCACACUCACCUCGUACAAGUGGUGGCCUGGAGGAUUGGCCCACACGGCAAAUUACUGCAUCGUAAUGGCGCAGUUGUACACACAGGGCAAAUGUCAUGGCAUUCAUCCGUUCAUAGUACAGCUGAGAGAUGAAGAAACGCACAUUCCUCUACCUGGUAUAAAGGUCGGGGAGAUUGGUGCAAAACUUGGCAUGAACGGCACGAACAACGGGUUUUUGGGGUUGGAACAUGUCAGGAUACCAAGAGAUUAUAUGUUGAUGAAGAAUUCUAAGGUUUUAGAGGAUGGCACGUACGUGAAUGCACCCAGUUCGAAAUUAACUUACGGCACGAUGAUGUUCGUACGAGUGAUGUUGGUGAAUGACAUGUGCAAUUAUAUAGCAAAGGCGGUUACCAUAGCAACCAGGUACUCGGCUAUUAGGAGACAAUCGCAGCCUAAACCAAAUGAACCUGAACCACAGAUCCUAGACUAUCUAACACAGCAGCAUAAGUUAUUCGUCGGUAUUGCGUCUGUUUACGCAUUUAAAACGAACGCCGACUGGAUAUGGAAUAUGUAUAAUAAUGUCACUGCUGAGAUGGAGAGUGGAGAUAUGGAAAGAUUGCCAGAGCUACAUGCUCUUUCCUGCUGUCUUAAAGCAAUAGUCACAGCAGAUGCGGCGGAAUGCGUAGAGCGAUGCCGUUUAGCGUGUGGCGGACAUGGAUAUAUGCUCGCCUCAAAUCUGCCGCUUAUGUAUGGCUUGGUGACUGCUGCUUGCACUUAUGAGGGAGAGAAUACCGUGCUGCUACUGCAAACUGCUAGGUACCUAGUAAAGUCGUGGCAACAAGCAUCUUCGGGCAACUCCUUAACCCCCACCGUGUCUUACAUCUCCCGGGUGGGGAACGGCCGUCGUUCUCCACCCUGGGACAACACUAUCGAAGGAAUCGUCGAGGGAUUCUAUAAUGUGUCUGCGGGAAAAAUCGGUUUGUGCGUUGCGCAGAUUGAGAAACGUCAGAAGAGUGGUAUGUCGUAUGAAGACGCGUGGAAUAUGACUUCAGUUCAGCUCAUUUCUGCUUCUGAGGCCCACUGCCGAGCAAUAAUCUUAGCCACGUACUACAAGGAGACGCAAGAAUUGGUGAAGACAGUGUCGGCUGAGUUAAAAACAGUGCUAUUGCAGCUAGUUGACUUGUACGUUGUGUACUGGGCGUUAGCGAGAUUGGGAGAUUUGCUUAGGUUCACAUCGAUAUCGGAGCGUGAUAUCGAACAAUUGCAGAACUGGUAUGAGAAUACAAUGAGCAAAUUGCGUAUAAAUGCCGUUGGACUUGUCGACGCUUUCGAUAUUAGAGACGAGAUUUUAAAUUCAACACUUGGAUCGUACGAUGGUAGAGCGUACGAGCGACUUAUGGAAGAAGCAAUGAAGAGUCCUCUUAACGCUCAACCGGUAAACGAAAGUUUUCAUAAAUAUCUAAAACCAUUGAUGCAAGGAAAGCUGUGAUUGCAUCAGAAAUAAUCUGACCAAAUAUAGUAGAUUUGAUACUUUUUACAUGAUAAAGUAUUAAUUUUGUUCCAAGUUCUUACAAACCUUUGAUACUUUUAACUAUUAAAAGGCCCCUUCAUUAAAACUUACGGUUAUCGUAGAAUAUGGAACGGGUUCAACUUCUACCUGUUUCCCGUUAAAGUUAAGAGUAAUCUACUGAUAUUUCUUCAUAUUGUACUGUAACCUGACAAAACAAGUUGAUUAGGUACUUUAAUUUUAUUAUAAGCACCGUGAUGAUAUUUUUCAAACAGAUUAUUUUUAUAUUUAUUGUAUUAUGUACUAGAGUAUUUGGAGUUUAAGAAUUUUAAAGACUGUUAACAUUUCUAUAUGGUGCAGAGAAUUAUAUUGGAGUUAAAUUAGAUUUAAUUCUACCAGUGACUAUAUAGGGUUGCUGGGGUGAAAUUAUUUUUAAGAUAUAUAUUAAUAUUUUUUUUUAACAAAGUUAUAACUUUGUUAUCAUUUUGCAUUCCAUUCAAGAUAGCUUCAAUGUUGUAUACCGUACCGCGUUUUUUUUAAUUAUAUUAGUUAAUGUCAUUAGGUGGUGGUUAUUACAUUGACAUGAGAUUUUAAUUUUUACAAUAAAUUUUAUAUAUCGUUA